UGCUACACACAAAAAUUGACCUGGCCGACGAGAGAAUCAUCGAAGACGUCCACAGGUACGACAACCUCUACAAUGUCUUGUCAAGACAUUAUACAGAAUGCCAAACGGUAAGCGAUUCGUGGAAGGAGAUUGCUGAAAUUACAGGGAUGGAGGUCAGUGAUUGCAUGAAAAAAAAUGGAAGAACCACCGAGACAAGUAUGUUCGUGUUCGUAAGCAAAUGGCCACACGAAGCAGUGACACAGUCAGCCAAAAACUGCCAACUUUUUAUCACUUUAUGUUAGUGGACUUUAUCAUUUAUUGUGUACAUACGUUUGCUGUGAGUCUGUGACAUUUUUACAUUUUAGCCUUCAAGUAUAUGUAGAAUAAAGCACAGGUUUGGUAUCAAAAGAGUUGUUUUGAUAAAUAAUUUUCAACGACAGACAGUUCACACACUUAAUACAUCAUCACUGAUUGAGAGUGCCUCGGUGCUUUUAUGAUAACGUGUUUACCAUCAAGGCUUCCAACGCAGUUUGGGAAGUUUCAUAGCCGCCAGAAAUCUGCUAUCGCUUCCCACUGGCUGAUUGUAGGACAUAGCAGAGAAAUCGGACAAAACUCUGGACAACGCAGCUUGCUGGCUUCCACCCCCCGAUGAUUACAUUCGUAAACUGCCAUUUCCGUUGGCAUUGUCGUGUAACCGGAAGAAAACUAGAAGUCGGCAAGAAUCACCCAAAACUGUACAAACACAACGCCACACUCCUCUAGUGCCUUGGCGGUGAAGUACAGAGCAACCCGUUCCCAUGCCGAAGAACUAUCGAAUGCUAAUUGACGCCGUAGGGUCCACACAGUCGCUACGCCGUCACCCCAAAGCAGAAUAAUUACUCCGGCUUAAAUGUAGCUCUCUACAAUGGCGCCACGAGUGGGUGGCCACACCCCCCCCAAUAAAUUUGCUGGCCACCCUACUCAGCAGUAUUAUAUCAGAUUGUAGUAGACGUGGAACUCAAAAUGUUUUUUGGACUGUUAUGGACUGUGCGCAUGAUAUCAUUAGUAAUACUAUAUAUAACACAAUACACCAAAGUACAGGAGUUGGACAAAAUAAUGGAAACACCUUAAAAAAAAAAAAAAAAACAUUAAUAUGGUGUAGGUCCACCUUCUGCGUAAAUUACAGCCUCUAUUCUCCAAGGUAUUGAUUCAUACAACUUGUGAAUUGUUUCCCAAGGAUUUUUAAUCCAUUCUUCAGUUGGAAUACCCUUUAACUCUUUUCAAGAUGAUGGCGGUGGAAAUCGACGUCUUAAUUGAAUCUCUAAAACUGACCAUAAAUGCUAAAUAAUGUUGAGGUCUGGGGAUUGUGAUACGAAAUGCUCAACUUCAUCAGAAUGUUCCUCAUGCCAUUCUUUAACAAUUAUGUUCAAUAAAUAUUGUGCCAAAAUGAUAGGUGUUAUUUUGUCCAACCCCUGUAAAUCAGUAAGGGUGUCCUUAAGUCUUUCUGAUAGUUUUCUUCUGGGCUUUUUACUGCAAUAACUUAAUAAAAACAUGAAAUUAUGGCUUUUAGUAUUGGUGUGUUUUAAGUGGCCCCAUUUGGCCACCCUUAUGAAAAAUUUCUAAAGGGUGCCACUGGCUGUUUUUUUUUUUUUUGUUUUGUUUUGUUUUUUUGUUAAAUUCAGUGAUUUUGGUAACAAGCGAUUUUAAUUGAUAAAAUGAAUAUCAAAAGCAAAGCAGCCAAGAGGUGAAGCUGUUUUACCUCUCAUGAGCUCCAGCGUGACCUUUUAAAAAGUUAAAUGCCUUGAUUACAAACCUUAAACUUGGGUUUACGCCAAGUCUUUGCAGAAAAAGUAAAUAGGGACCGUCAAGAAUACAAGACACAGGCUGUGAGUGAGUGCAAGAUGCAGCAGCUGCUGUUGCUGUUGUCAAGCAAAACAGAGCAUUACACUAAUGAAUCAAAUUCAUCAGGAAGAAAGGUGCACACUACCAUGAUCAGGUCGCCGGGUGGUUUGCAGAUCUUAAUUCGUUCUAAUAGGAUUAGUCGUCGCAAGCUGGGAUACACAUGCAGCAUCUCAGCAUGUUACAGCCUUCAUUCCAAAUACUAGGAACACUCUUGUUUGUCUCAGAUUGUGAUUAUUUAUUUAAUCGGCAAGUUAUAUUUCUAGUAAUCUGACAAUUAAUGGGUCGAUGCAUUGUGAAGAAAAGUGAAGAAACAGUUGGGAUUAAUGGGGUUGCUGGAUAAACUGUCAGGCUGGCUCGGCCUGAGGAAGAAGGAAGUCAAUGUUUUAUGUUUGGGACUGGACAACAGUGGUAAAACUACCAUCAUCAACCAGAUGAAACCACUUAAUCGUUCAAAUUGUUUAGGCCCAUUCUCAGAAGAGUGGAAACAUGUUAGUCAGACACCAGGACAAGAAAUAGUUCCAACAAUUGGCUUCAACAUUGAAAAGUUCAAGAAUUCAAGUCUUUCUUUCACAGUAUUCGACAUGUCUGGCCAAAGUAGAUACAGAAACCUGUGGGAGCACUAUUACAAAGAAAGUCAUGCCAUCAUUUUUGUGAUAGACAGCAGUGACAAACUGAGAAUGGUUGUUGCAAAAGAGGAGUUAGACACUCUUCUCAACCACGCAGAUAUUUGCUGUAAAAAGCUGCCGGUGCUGUUCUUUGCAAAUAAGAUGGAUCUACGAGAUGCCAUGUCAUCUGUCAAGGUCUCUCAGAUGUUGUGUUUGGAGAAUAUCAAAGACAAACCAUGGCACAUCUGCGCUAGCAAUGCUAUCGAGGGAGAAGGCUUACAGGAGGGGAUGGAUUGGCUCCAAGGUCAUAUCAAAACAAUGACCACCUGAACGAGUGAAUUGCCUAUCAAGACGGACAGAAGGAUUUUCCAGGAAUCUUACCUAUCACGAUUUAUGUUUAUAUUUGUAUAAGCAAACAUUAACUAAUUUCUAUGUAUGAUCUGACAAAUUU